CUUUUUGUUUGGUCGAAAUAAAAAUAUAGUAUAACUUUAUAUGUUAAACAGGCCUAUGAAACUUAUUUUUUCAACCUAUGAAAUUUAAUUAACUUGCAAUAUUUCAAAGAUUCAUGUAUGCAGAUAAAAGUGCCUUACAGGCUAAGUAUGUAGGAGAAUAUUGAAGUUUGGAAGGGGAUAAUAUUUAGUUAAGGAAAUUAACUUACACUUGCUUUAUUUGUUACUUCUCAAAAUUAUUAUUUCUUAGAAACCUUGUAAAGUUACCUUAGUUUGAAAACUUUAUUAAUAUUUUAAUAAUAAUCUUAACUAUUAAUUUUGAAAAUUAAAAAAAUAAGAGGCGAGCUUUAAUCCUACAUAGUGACUUUUUUAAUUUUUUUUAAUUUUAAAUAUUAUUUUAAUUUAUUAUUUCAACACUGCAUAUUCUAUAUAAAAACAACUUAACAAAACAAUUUUUUGUCAAAUUUGUGAUAAACAAGUUUUAUUUUUUUUAUAAUUAUCCGCAAGUUAAUAUUUUAACUAAUUUUUUUAUUUUUCAAAUAAGUCAAAGCAUAAAUAAUAUAAGGUUUGUAGAUCGCUAAUUUUUUUCAAAAGAGUUUAAAUAACUAAAUGGUCAUAAUAAUUGUUACAUAUGUAAAAAUAAUUAAUAAAUACUUAAGACAUUAUGUGAGAAAAUAUAAAACUUUAAAUCAAUUUAUUAUUUACCUAAGCUCUUAUAAACAACAUAUUGAACACUUUACUAAUAAUCUCUUUCUUUUUCUUACAUGCAAAGAGUAGAAAAAAGAACAGGCAAAGCCAAAUAAAAUAGGCUAAAAGUAAGACAGCCAAAUCUGCCAAACCAAAGAAUUUCGACAGAGAUGUGCUAUCAUUUUUAUUCUGUCACUUCAGCCACUUUUUCCGCCGAUUUAAUAUAAAAAAAACACUAUUUACAUUAAUUAAAUACUAUUUACAUUAAUUAAAUAUGAUAAGAAAGGUAACUAUUUUUUUUGUUGCCAAUUUCUUUUAUGAGCUACAUAGACCCUACAUAACUUGCAUUUGUGAGAGAACUUAACUUAAAACGUGAGUUCAAGAGAGAGAGAGAGAAUCUGAGAAGCUCACUGCUUCGCUGAUUUUGAGGAAAGAGAAAGUGAGAGAGAAGAGUACCUCACAAGACUUUGCACAGAUAUUAGACGAAGACUCCGCAUUGUCUUUCUUCUUCAGACACAACACAUCCUUGUCAAUAGAGUUGAAAGUCCUGAUAAAAAAAACCCAGAUCAAUCAUGUCUCAACAACCAAACUCCAAGUCUCUGUCAGAUUACGAAACAGCUUGGAGCCCAACAUCUCCUUUGGAGUUCAGAUUGUUUCUAGGGAACCCCUUUGGUGGGUCUUCUUCUCUGAGGUCAAUCCCGAGAAUGCAUCAGAGGAGCUGGGAUUCUGGGAAAGUAGGCUUGAGGAUUGUUGAUUCUCUCGAUGAUCAUCGCACUGAUUCCUCGAGGAUUCUUCUUCCUUCACCUGAUAGUAAAAACAUGAUCUUUGGGUCCUUGAUGAUGAACCCCUUUACCAAAUCCCCUGUGCUCAAGGAUGAUAAGCCUAAUGUUGAUGGCUCUUGCUCUGGUGCUGUUAACAACAAUGAUGCUUGUCAACAAGGAUCGCUUAAGGAGCCUAUUGAAAGUGAAGUUGAGAUCUCAGAGGACUAUACUUGUGUUAUAUCACAUGGUCCUGAACCCAAAACCACUCAUAUAUACGGGAGUCAGGUUCUGGAGUCGGUAGAGGACGAUGUGAUGACGAAGAAAGGUUGUUGUGAAGACAAGAAUGAGAGCAUUUUUGUUAUUGCUCCUCUUGACUUGACAACGAUAGCUGAUGAGUUACUACCUCCCAGUGACUUCUUGAGGUUCUGCUCCUUCUGCAGCAAGAAGUUGGGUAUGGGGAAAGAUAUAUACAUGUACAGAGGAUACAAAGCGUUUUGCAGUAGCGAGUGCCGUUCAGAGGUGAUUCUUCUGGAUGAGGAAAGGGAGGAGGAAGAAGAUGAAGAAGCUAAGUCUGACUCAUCUUCAGACAAGGACCUCUCCAAGAAGAAGAGCAACGGUGUGAUCUUCACCGUUGGCUGAGGUCUAAUGCACCCACCAUUUCCAUGAUUGGUUUUGAGUCCAUGAAAAAAGGAGGGAAGGUAGAAGAAGCUUGAGCUUGAUCAUCUGUUUAAAAAAAAAAAAAAGAGCUGCUGAUUUCUCUAAAUCAAAGCGGCCAUGGAUGAUCAUUUUUUUGUAUAUUGCUUGUGCUUCUGCUACUACCUGACAAAAACAUUAUAUGGUCUCAUCUUUCAUGGUUUUGGUGGGUGUUUAAUGUUUAUUGUUAUGGAUAUUUUAUAAGUAUAUGGUUCUCUUAUUCAGAGAUGACAAUCUUAAAUUAUAUAUAUAUAAGAAGAGGGUAAAAUAAGCCGGUUUUUGUGGCUCCCCCCUUCAGUUA